AUGCGGGACCCGCGGGGCGCCAAGCCGCCCCUGGACCCGGUACGCCUUGUGCUGCCCGUGCCUGUGCUGCCCGUGCCUGUGCUGCCCGUGCCUGUGCUGCCCGUGCCUGUGCUGCCUGUGCCUGUUGCUGCCCGUGCCUGUUGCUGCCCGUGCCUGUGCUGCCCGUGCCUGUGCUGCCGUGCCUGUGCUGCCCGUGCCUGUGCUGCCCGUGCCUGUUGCUGCCCGUGCCUGUGCUGCCCGUGCCUGUUGCUGCCCGUGCCUGUGCUGCCCGUGCCUGUGCUGCCCGUGCCUGUUGCUGCCCGUGCCUGUGCUGCCCGUGCCUGUGCUGCCCGUGCCUGUGCUGCCCGUGCCUGUGCUGCCCGUGCCUGUGCUGCCUGUGCCUGUUGCUGCCCGUGCCUGUUGCUGCCCGUGCCUGUGCUGCCCGUGCCUGUGCUGCCCGUGCCUGUGCUGCCCGUGCCUGUGCUGCCCGUGCGUGUGCUGCCCGUGCCUGUUGCUGCCCGUGCCUGUGCUGCCCGUGCCUGUUGCUGCCCGUGCCUGUGCUGCCCGUGUCUGUGCUGCCCGUGCCUGUGCUGCCCGUGCCUGUGCUGCCCGUGCCUGUUGCUGCCCGUGCCUGUGCUGCCCGUGCCUGUGCUGCCCGUGCCUGUGCUGCCCGUGCCCGCGCUGCCCGUGCCUGUUGCUGCCCGUGCCUGUGCUGCCCGUGCCUGUGCUGCCCGUGCCUGUGCUGCCCGUGCCUGUGCUGCCUGUGCCUGUUGUUGCCCGUGCCUAUGCUGCCCGUGCCUGUGCUGCCCGUGCCUGUGGUGCCCGUGCCUGUUGCUGCCCGUGUCUCGUGCUCGCGCCCCCGUGCGCUCUGCUACUGUCUGCGCCCUCGUGCGCACUGUCCCCCCCCCCCCCCCCCCGUUUGCGGGGGUGUAG